AAGCCUCGCCUUCCCGCUGGCUGCAGCGAGGUGUACUUGGAGGGUACUUUACGUCGACGUAAGCUACGCCGUGAGUCGGGGACAACAACAACAGCUAGUUCUAGAAAUCAACCUGUUAAGAUGCCAUUAAGAACUGAGUCGUACGGUUACUUUACGAGAGGUUAAUAAACGUCCAAUAACACAUUGACGUCAUCUACAUCUUAUCAUCCAGAUUGGUAACGUUUGACGUUAUAUAUUUGCUGGAAAGGUAGGCUACACAGGAUUUUGGACUGAAACAACAGCUAGCCAGCCUGCUGCUAGCUAACUGGCUGACAUGCAUAUAGAUAAAUGUCUUACAGCAGGUAUCUGUAGUGGUGCUAGCUUCCAAAUGAUUGUCUUGAAAAUGCAGUAGCAUUUUAUGUUAGUCGUGUCUAAUUCCAACGUUUUGUCAUCGGUUUGCUCAUCUACCCAGGCAACUUGUACUUUCAAUGUAAUCAUCCACUAGUGAGGGUAGCAGCUAUAUCGAUUUAGAUACAACCAGACAGCUUGCUGUCGUUGGUUAAGGUUUCUUGUUCUUGUUGGUAAAUGACAGUUCGAUAUUUUGUGAUUUUAACUUAGGCCUAUAGAUUAAAGUUAGUAAAGCAAACGGUUCAGGCUGUUACUGUGGUGAGGUAGUUCAAUGAAGGGAUGCUGAUCUGUUGGAAAUCUCGACACAAGCCUUCCUCUGGCUUUCUGUCGACUUGUUUUAAAUGGGAUUUUACAUUACGGUCUCUGUACGUGCUGUUUACAUUAGUCUUAAAUAUUAGCUGUUACGAGUUAGCAACAGAAACAAAUAAGAUAGUCCAAAAAGAUGCGCAGUUUGAUUUUACCUACAACGAUGAAGUGAACACUGGCAUCCAGACAAUCUACGCUUUCAACCACACGGUCUCUCGAAACAAGACGGAAGGCGUAAGAGUGUGGGUGAAUCUGCUGACAAAUAAUACAAAAAGCCCCAUCCUUUUUGUUGUGAGGCAGAAGCAGGCUGUGUUGUCCUUUCAAGUCCCCCUAAUCCUACGUGGCCUGUACCAGAGGAAAUACCUGUACACCCAAGUGGGACGUACAUUGUGUCAGCCACCUACACGUGCUCUCUCAGAGACCGAGUACUUUUAUGUGGAUGUGUCUACGCUCUCAAGUUCCACAAUCAAGUACCAGUUCAGUGUCAGUCGUGUGGACAGUUUCACGUUGCAGACCGAUCUGAAAUUCAGCUUCACUGCAACUCCAUCCCAACCUCAGUAUUUCAAAUAUGACUUUCCUGAUGGCGUGGACUCCGUUAUUGUGAAAGUGAACUCGCAGACAAACUUCCCAUGCUCAGUCAUGUCCAUCCAGGACAUACAAUGUCCAGUCUACGAUUUGGACAACAAUGUUGCCUUCAUUGGGAUGUACCAGACAAUGACCAAGACAGCAGCCAUUACUGUACAGAGAAAAGAUUUCCCAAGCAACAGUUUUUAUGUGGUUGUUGUGGUGAAGACUGAAGAUGAGGCAUGCGGGGGUCCUCUGAAGUACUACCCACUAUUGCCAGAUCAAUUGAUGGAUCCUGGAAACCGGAGUAAAACUCUUGAUGUAGUUGUUUCCCCGGCUAUAAAAUCGGAGGUGUAUGUCAUGGGGAUGCUCUUCUGCCUGGGCAUCUUCCUCUCAUUUUACGUGCUCACCUUCCUGAUGGCCUGUGUGGAAAGUAAGAGAGGUCACCAUAAGAGGGAGUGCCACCCAGAUAUGUCACCUGCAGAGACAGCCUCUCUGUUGGGAAAAGGCCUGGUCACUCCCUUACCUUAUGAGUACGGUUCAGUCGCAGACAAUGGAAGCUCUUUCAGCUCAGAGGCCAUUACUGACAGUAUAGCAUCAGCUGAAGUUCACUAUGGAUACAUGGAACGGUCUUUGGAGAGUGUUGGCUGCAGUCGACAGGAUUCUCUCAGUUCUGUUGAAGAAGACGAUUAUGACACAUUGGCAGACAUUGACUAUGAUAAGAACAUUGUCCGCACUAAGAAAUACCUUUGUGUAUCAGAUCUGGCUCGCAAAGAUAAGAGGAUCCUAAGCAAAAAGUACCAGAUCUACUUCUGGAACAUUUCCACCAUAGCUGUGUUCUAUGCUCUACCUGUGAUCCAGCUGGUCAUCACAUACCAGACGGUUGUGAACGUGACAGGAAAUCAAGACAUCUGUUACUACAACUUCCUGUGUGCACACCCAUUGGGAGCACUCAGUUCCUUCAACAAUAUUCUGAGUAACGUUGGUUACGUGAUGCUGGGGUUGCUCUUCCUCCUCAUUGUGCUUCAGAGAGACAUGAAACACAACCGCGCACUUGUACGGAAUGACCUGGCUGCAUUGGAAUGUGGAAUUCCGAAACACUUUGGUCUGUUUUAUGCAAUGGGCACAGCUCUGAUGAUGGAGGGGCUUCUCAGUGCCUGCUACCAUGUCUGCCCCAACUACACAAACUUUCAGUUUGACACAUCCUUUAUGUACAUGAUUGCUGGACUCUGUAUGCUGAAACUUUACCAAAAGAGACAUCCAGACAUCAAUGCCAGUGCCUACACUGCCUAUGCCUGCCUUGCGGCAGUCAUCUUCUUCUCUGUGCUGGGUGUGGUGUUUGGAAAAGGGAACACUGUUUUCUGGAUCGUCUUCUCGGUGAUCCACAUCCUGGCCACAAUGCUCCUCAGUACUCAACUGUACUACAUGGGCCGCUGGCGGCUUGAUUCUGGAGUUUUCCGUCGGAUACUGCACAUUGUCUACACAGACUGUAUCAGAACAUGCAGUGGUCCCAUGUACAUUGACCGGAUGGUGUUACUUGUCAUGGGAAACAUUGUUAACUGGUCCCUGGCUGCAUAUGGUCUGAUUGAGAGGCCCAGUGACUUUGCUUCAUAUCUACUAGCCAUUGCCAUCUGCAAUCUUCUGCUGUACUUUGCCUUUUACAUCAUUAUGAAGCUCCGCAGUGGUGAGCGAAUCCAGUGCCUGGCCCUGGUGUGUAUCCUCUUCACAGCAGUGGUUUGGGGCUUUGCACUGUUCUUCUUUUUCCAAGGACUCAGCACGUGGCAGAAAACUCCUGCUGAGUCUCGUGAGCACAACCGAGAGUGCAUCCUGCUCUCAUUCUUUGAUGAUCAUGACAUCUGGCAUUUCCUCUCCUCCAUCGCCAUGUUUGGCUCCUUCCUGGUUCUGCUGACUAUGGAUGACGAUCUUGACAACGUACAGAGAGACAAAAUCUAUGUGUUUUAAUCCAUGGACUAACUCUCACCUGUGCCAGUCAGUCGUUUGCAUGGGCGCAAACCUAAUUGCACGUAACUGCGAAGAAAGAACGACCGACGGUUUUCACACAACGCGUUUGUGCCCCGGCCAAGUGGAUGGUUUCAGUGUGCCAAUUAAUAAAUGUUAAAUCAUCACAUCCCUGCACAUUUCAAUCAUGCCAUUGAGACUACUGUCAUUGCUGUCUGUAUAACUGCAAUCAGGAUGUUUGUUUUUUACGUGUUUGUGAUUGAGAGGGAAUAUGUGUCUUGCCAAAUCAGUGGCCUUUAAUGUUUUGAGUCCUUCCUGUGGUCAAGCUCCCAUACUGUACUAUUGCUGAAUUGAUCUUACAAGAAUUGAUUGUAUAUCAGUAAAUCAUGAACAUGCUUGUGAUGAGCAGCUGUUGCACUAUUUAGAAAGGUUACACCUUUAAUAAUGGGAUAAAGUAUCUUUUGUUUUGUGUUAUGACUUGUAUUAUGUUCUCUUACGGUUUUACAAUAAAAUGAUUAACAGACAAGAAAAUAAAUUAUUAU